CGCUGUCACGGUAGGAUGUGUAUGUUUAUGUUUCCGCGAUGAUUACCGUUCGGCUACCAUAGAGGUUAUGUUUACGCGCUUUGCUCAAGAACGACGCACGUCUCUAUGCACCGGUAUUCCUGAGGGCUCCCGUCGCUUCCAAAUGUCUAUGUGCACCUCGCAACGUUAUCUCAAUGAUAUUAGAAGAAUUUCGUGAGAUUUCUUCAACAGCAUGAUUGUCCGACAUUUCGAAAAACAUUGCGACAAAAACAUAAAUGCGUAAAAGUGUUGGGUUUUAUCCGUCACAAACAUAGUUCGCGUGCGGUAGUGUUUGUGUGAAGGGCCAUCGAAAAAGGCCGCGGGGGUGGGCUUCCGAGAUGAGCUAUGAAUCUGGGCUGCCUGGUAGCCACUGUCUUCGUUCUUCAGCUGCUCCAGCUGCCUUUAGUGCUCCACGCUCUACCCUCGGUCGUCAAAAUCGGUGCUAUAUUCACUCAUGACCAAAAGGAUAGCAGCACGGAGCUGGCCUUCAAAUACGCCGUUUACAAGAUCAACAAGGAUAAAAUUAUCCUGCCGAAGACCACGCUGGAGUAUGACAUCCAGUACGUGCCAAAAGAUGAUUCCUUUCACGCGUCGAAGAAGGCGUGUCAGCAGGUCAAAUACGGCGUCCAAGCGGUUUUCGGACCCUCUGAUCCCAUCCUCGGCCAGCACAUUCAUAGCAUCUGUGAUGCCCUCGACAUUCCGCAUCUCGAGGCUAGGCUGGAUCUGGACGCGGAGGCGAAAGAAUUCAGCAUUAAUCUCUAUCCCGCACAAAGUCUACUCAACAUCGCUUAUCAGGACGUCAUGAAGUUUCUCAAUUGGACCAAGGUGGCGAUCAUCUACGAGGACGAUUAUGGAUUGGUAAAAUUGCGACAGUUGGUGAGGUCACCGAAAAUCCGUGACAUUGAAAUCAAUCUCAGACAGGCGGAUCCGAAUUCGUACAGGCAGGUCCUCUCCGAGAUGAAGAGUAAGGAAAUUCAGAAUCUCAUCGUGGACACAAAGCCUGAGCACAUGCAUCAUUUUCUACGAAUGAUCCUGCAGCUGCAGAUGAAUGAUUACAAGUACCACUACCUCUUCACGACUUUCGAUAUCGAAACCUUCGACCUCGAGGACUUCAAGUACAAUUUUGUCAAUAUCACUGCCUUUCGUUUGGUCGACGCGGACGAUCUUGGCGUACGUAGUAUCCUGAGGGACAUGGAACGUUAUCAGCCAGCAGGGAAUACGAUUCUCAAUAAAUCGAGAAUCAUUCAGGCCGAACCAGCAUUAAUAUACGACAGUGUACAGGUGUUCGCGGUGGGAUUACGUACCCUGGAGCAAUCCCAUGCGCUAAGGCCCGCCAAUAUUUCCUGCGAGCUCGAGCACCCCUGGGAUGGAGGAUUGUCUCUUAUCAACUACAUUAACUCGGUUGAGAUGAAAGGGAUCUCCGGACCAAUUGAAUUUAAAGAAGGACGCAGAAUACAGUUUAAAUUGGAUCUGCUGAAACUGAAACAACACUCGCUCGUCAAGGUCGGCGAGUGGCGUCCCGGCACCGGCAUCAACGUUACGGAUACCGCAGCCUUCUUCGAGCCUAGCAUCGGGAACGUAACUCUGAUCGUGAUCACUAUAUUGGAGCAGCCGUAUGUAAUGCUGAGGAGCGAGGGGAAUUUCAGCGGAAACGCGCGCUACAAGGGCUUCUGCAUCGACCUGCUGAAGGAGAUAGCGCACAUGGUGGGCUUCGCUUACAGGAUCGAGCUCGUGCCGGACGGCAAGUAUGGCGUUUACGAUUACGAGACCGGCGAAUGGAACGGGAUAGUACGCCAGUUGAUGGAUAAGAAAGCUGAUCUCGCUGUCGGAUCAAUGACGAUUAACUACGCGCGUGAGAGUGUCAUCGAUUUCACGAAGCCGUUCAUGAAUUUGGGCAUCGCGAUCCUCUUCAAGGUGCCAACCAGCCAUCAGGCACGACUGUUCUCCUUCAUGAAUCCAUUAGCGAUUGAGAUCUGGCUGUACGUUCUGGCGGCGUACGUUCUCGUAUCGGUAACCAUGUUCGUCGUGGCGCGGUUCAGUCCCUACGAAUGGAACAAUCCGCAUCCAUGUCACGCCGGGUCGGAAAUUGUCGAGAAUCAGUUCUCUUUAUCGAACAGCUUCUGGUUCACCAUCGGGACCCUCAUGCAACAGGGCAGCGAUUUAAAUCCCAAGGCUACGAGCACGCGUAUCGUGGGAGGCAUAUGGUGGUUCUUCACGUUGAUUAUCAUCUCAUCCUAUACUGCAAAUCUGGCAGCUUUCCUCACGGUGGAAAGGAUGAUUACGCCGAUAGAGAACGCUGAAGAUCUUGCCAGCCAAACUGACAUUGCGUACGGAACUCUCGACAGUGGAAGCACAAUGACUUUCUUCAGGGACUCAAUGAUCGAGACGUACAAGAAAAUGUGGCGAUUCAUGGAAAACAAGAAGCCAUCGGUAUUCGUGCCAACUUACGAAGAGGGUAUUCAACGGGUUCUCCAAGGUGAUUAUGCCUUCCUGAUGGAGUCGACUAUGUUGGAUUACAUUAUCCAAAGAAACUGCAAUCUCACGCAAAUCGGCGGUCUUUUGGACACUAAAGGAUAUGGUAUCGCUACACCUAUGGGCUCUCCAUGGCGAGACAAGAUAUCUCUGGCAAUUCUGGAAUUGCAAGAGAAAGGUGAAAUUCAAAUGCUAUAUGACAAAUGGUGGAAGAGUCCUGGAGAUACUUGCAUGAGAACAGAAAAGGGAAAAGAGAAUAAAGCCAAUUCUCUAGGUGUCGACAACAUAGGUGGAGUUUUCGUGGUCUUACUGUGCGGCCUGGCAUUUGCCGUGCUUAUAGCCAUCUUCGAAUUCUGUUACAAUUCCAGAAGGAAUGCACCGGCGGAACGGCAAAGGCCUCCGAUGCCUUCGACACCUAUUUCGGGUUCUCUUCAGGGGAUUUCUCAGGCUGUGCAACAACAGCAGCAGCAACAACAACAACAAAGCCAGCAACAUCAGCCUCAAUCUCAACAACAAUCGAAUCAAGAAUCACUUUGCUCGGAGAUGGCACGUGAAUUUUGUCGUGCUUUACGUUGUCACACGUCAUCUCGACGACGACGCACCUGUGACAAAUGCUCCACGCACGUGAUCGGCUACUCGCCAGACAAUCCCACUGCCACUCCCAUAAAUGGGAUCAGAUCUCAGAGAAGCAGCCUGACCGUACCUGUAGUCGAACUGCCUCCACACAUCCACAUGCAUCAUCACGCACCGCCACAUGAUUAUGACGGCAAUUAGAGGGACGUCGUCUUUAGCAAGACGAAUCUCGAUGACAUUAUCGUUAGUCAGAAAUAAUUACAAAGCGUAUCACACAUGCGCACAUCACGGAAAGCAAUUACGAUCGAUUCAUUGAUAAAGAAUGGACCCUCAUCAAGAAAAAGUAUCGACAUUCAGAGAAUUUUGCACAAUAUUUAAUAAAAGCGUUUGUCACGUUCCCGACAUUCGCAAUCAUGAAAAGAGCUUAAUUUUUAUUUUGUAAACGUGUGUCGCUUUUUCGCACACAUCUGACAAAUCUAUCGAAAAAUCAACAUGAUACUGAUCUAAUUGAUAAAAUAAUGUAACAGCUCUAAAAUGAUUUCCCUCUUGGCCGCAAAUUUUGUACGAUUAAUCAAUUUCUGAAACGAUAUAAUUAUUUUGAGACAAAGCAUGCUAUUAUAUUAAAUAUACGUUGAGAUGCAUAAUUCAAUAUAUAUAUAUGUCUAAAUUGAAAAGUAAGUUGUAAUCAAUUCGCGCAAUACAUAUUAAUUCUCGACUUUGUUAAAAGAAAUUUCCCUUGCAGUCAAGAUCUAAUUGAAUUAAGCUGUUUGACAACGAAUUUUAAUGCGUUUCAACGAAUUGAAUAUUUUACGUAAAUAGACUGUAAACGCUUCAGUCUCAAGUUUUAUUUAAAUUAUCAUACGCGCCGAGAUUGUAUAAAAGGAUCUAAGUAUAAUCUAUCAAAAAAUUUAAGAUGUACAAAAAAGAAAGCUUUUCUCCUCUUUUAUAUUUUUUUCUUUCAUCUUGUGAAAUAAAAAUUAUCUAGCGAAAUGUGUUUUUUCCCAUUUCCAAUUCUGACUUUUCUUUAGCGCAUACAGUCUUUUUUAUGUCAAGUCUUCAAUUAUUAUGAGAAGUAAAGAUUGCGAAAUCAAUCUGUUAAGCAUUAAACCCUCAAUUCUAUUUAAACUGAUGCAAGAUCAAGUUCUAUCAAGAGAGUAGUACGCUGAAUCUAUAACGAUAGACGAUGAACAAUCCUCCGUCCUACGUUUAGAGAACUAAAUGAUCUGAUAUAUCCGCAAUGACGCUGAUAUAUCAUAGAGCACAUUCAUGCUACUCUCUCGCACGAGAUCCAAUGCUCGAUUCAUGAACAGAACGAUUUUUAAUACAUUCUGUAAAUGCAUUCUUUCUCUUUUUCUUGCUCUCUCUUUCUCUAUGAAAGACUGCUAAAGUGUAAGGUACUUGCGAAGUAUUCUGUAAAUAUCGUCGCGGAUAAAAAAAACAGAGCAAUCAAAUUCGUAAUGGAAAUAUUUUAUGCAAAAGUGAGUUAUGCGAGUGAGUAAUCAUUAGUACUAAUGGAGUACAACUUAGAUGUUUGGUGUCAUGUAACGUCGUAUGCUGUAACGAUACUGAUAGUCGGCGAAUAAAUGUAAGAUAAGAGAAUCAUCGUUCGCUCUUCUUUUUAAUCCUCUUCGAAUUGUAAUCUACAUCAAUUUAAAAUAAAAAUUGUGAAAGAAUUAUUAAAAAACUAGCAAAAGAAAAUCAUAAGUUUAAUAUAAGCAAACUAAUUUAACUUAAGAUCAGACUAAAAUUAAAGUUAUCUGAAUCGACGUUACAAAUAAAUUAAUAUUUUGAUAUCACAUCAAAAUAUACAUGAAUUGUAUCAAAUCGCUCUUAAAUUAGAGAGGUGCAAAAUACUGAGAAACGCCAUCGACACAGAGAUUGUCUUUUUUAUAUAACAUCAUUUAUUAAGGGAUAAAAUAAAUGACAAAUAAC